AUGCUUUCAGUCGUUAAACAAGCAGGCCUGUUGGCCUUGCUUGCACCAUCCCUCCUCGUCGCCGCUCUUCCCACAAUCGAGGUUCCUUGGAAAAGGGACGGCAUCUUAGGGCGUGACAAUGCUCAGUUCCACGAGGUUUCUGAUAUCCAUCUCCGCGACUCGACCUGCUCGAACACGGCCCGGACCCGAAGCUGCUGGUCCAAUGGUUACAGUGUAUCUACUGACAUGGACCAGAAGUGGCCCACUACAGGAGUGACGCGAACAUACACCCUGACUAUCACCAACGUUACAAACUUCGCUCCAGAUGGCUUUGGGCGGCCCAUGAUGCUCAUCAAUAACCAGUACCCUGGGCCUGUCAUCACAGCAAACUGGGGCGACAUUCUCCAAAUCACUGUAACCAACAACCUCCAGAACAACGGUACUGGUAUCCAUUGGCACGGUCUGCGUCAGCUAGACAGCAACCAGAUGGAUGGCACGAACGGUCUCACUGAAUGCCCGAUUGCUCCGGGACAGACAAAAACCUACACCUUCCAAGCAACGCAAUACGGCUCUUCCUGGUAUCACUCUCAUUACUCUGUUCAAUACGCGGAGGGGAUUGUUGGUGGUAUCGUCAUUAACGGACCUGCUACCGCCAAUUACGACAUCGAUCUCGGACCCCUGCCACUCACUGAUUGGUUUCACACACCCGCUUUCACUGUCAAUGCAGCCGCCCUGCAUGCCGGUGGCCCGCCGACAUCUGACAAUAUUCUCGUGAACGGAUCCAUGACCUCCAGUUCGGGAGGCGCCUACGCUAAGACAACCCUUACCCCUGGGAAAAAGCAUCUUCUGCGUCUCGUGAACACCGGAAUCAACCAAUUCCUCCACGUCUCUCUCGACAGCCACCCUUUCACGGUUAUCGCUGCAGAUUUCGUUCCGAUUGUGCCCUACACCACGACUUCGAUCGUGCUUGGCGUCGGACAACGAUACGAUGUUAUUAUUAACGCGAACACCACUGUCGCCAACUACUGGCUUCGCGUCGGCACGGGAGGAGGCCAAUGCGACGGCCCGAAUGCCAACUCCGCUAACAUCAGGAGCAUUUUCUCCUACGUGGGUGCUCCCGCUGGCAACCCCAACUCCUCGGGUAUCACUCUGCCAUCUGGCUGCUACGACGAGAGCAACAUUGUGCCUUACGUCAAGACCACCAUCCCCUCCUCGCUUCCCAAGAAGCUAGGCCUCACUUUCGCUCAAACUGCCGCCAACGAUAACCUCGUGCAAUGGCUCAUCAACUCGACUGCCAUCCAAAUCGACUGGGAGAAGCCGACGCUGCAGUACGUUGUGGACGGCAACACUAGCUUCCCUGCUAGCGACAAUGUCUAUACCGUUGGCACUGGCUGGCAAUACUGGAUGAUCCAAGCCGCGGCCAACGACCCACCUCUGCCACAUCCGAUCCAUCUCCACGGCCACGACUUCUACGUCCUAGGAGCCGGUUCCGGACAGUGGGGUGGUGAUGUCUCCACCCUGAACCUCACCAACCCCAUUCGCCGUGAUACCGCCACGCUGCCCGCGAACGGUUUCCUCAUCCUCGCCUUCGAGUCCGAUAACCCGGGCGCGUGGCUCAUGCAUUGCCACAUUCCGUUCCAUAUCUCCGCAGGGCUAGGUCUGCAGUUCCUGGAACGGGAAUCCGAAAUCCUGUCGUCGAUUGGCAGCCUCGACGACUUCAAGGCCGGUUGCAAGAGCUGGGACACGUACGAGAACUCGAUAGUUGGGUUCAGCGAGGGUGACUCUGGGCUCAGGAGGCGUGCUGAGCCGAUGUCGAACUUGAUUGACGCGCCAAGGUCGUAG